CUUCUCACUUAUCAUGCGCGCAUCUUUCCGUGUCCUCCAGGAAGCGGCGGCGGCAGCGGCGGCGCGCCCCGCCCAAGCCGUCCGGCGCGACGCGACGCGGCGGAGUGGGAGUGCGCGGACGCCGUCGGGCGCUGGCGCCCCCGCGUCCCGGACGUCCAACCACCUCGUCAUCGACGUGCCCUUCACCGCGCUCCCCUCGGACGUGCACCGCGCGCUGAAAGAGGUCGGCGCGGUACCCAAAGACUUCCCACUCAGCGCGAUCGUGCGGCAGCCGGUCGGGGCGUCGCGCAAAGCCUCCUUGACGGCGCGGUACCACUUGACGGUGCGCAACCCGUCGCUCGCGCAAGAGACGUACAACGUGCUCAUGUCCCGCCCGCUCUUCGCGGCGGGCAGCUCGCGCGCGUCCGUGCAGCCCGGGCGGCCCGCGUUCGGCGCGAACGGGCUCAAAGACGACGCGCGCGUCGCCUUCAGCGCGCAAAACGCCGCCGAGUGGGGCGCGAAAAUGAUCGCCAGCGUACAGGCAUGGCAGCCGACGGAUUACCAGUACGCGCAGCAGGCGGCGCUGCGCACCGGCGGGCUGCCGGACGCCGCGUGGGCGAUGCAGCCCAACACGUCGGGCCGGCGCGUGCUCCUCCGCGGCUUGCCGCGCGAGCGGCCUGUCAAUCUCGUCCGCGACUUCAUCCGGGAUAUGGGCGUCGAGAUCGAGGCGGACGGCCUCAAGCGCCUCGUCCCCGCCCAGCUUAGUAGUCGCGCGGCGUAUGCCGUGACCUGCAAGUCGGUGGCGGACGCGCACUACCUCGCCCGCCGCCUCAACAUGGCACCAUACCUCCAGUCCGUGUUGGGGUACGAGUACAUGAUGCGCGCGCACGUCAUUUGGUAGCCUGGGUCGAGUAUCGUUACAUGCAUGCUGCUCU